GAUCCUAGCGCCAAAACUAGCCCUUGAAGAACUACACUGUAAAAUUAUUUUUUUUAAAUAUCCUAACCUCAAUAUUUAUUGUCAAUGUUAUGAAGUUGUGAAUUAGUUAUUUUCCACCAACUUUCCGCUAUAUUUCAUUAAUUAAAACAUAUUAAAUAUGUUUUCUACUUUUGUAAAAAGUUUUAGCAGUGGACAAAAUGUUGUGAUGCAACAAACGAGGAACACAUUUAUUUUAAAAAGAAGGUUUCCUCCAACACUUCACAAAAAAGGUGGUAAACCACCUAAAAUGAAAGCAAGGCAUUUCAUUUAUGAUUUAGUUGAAGAAACUAAUGUGCAGAGAAAACCUGACAUGAAAAUUAUUUUGAAUCAAUUUGUUGAUGGUGUUGGAAAAGCUGGGGAUGUAUUGACUUUACGCCCUAAUGUGGCAUAUAAAGAGUACCUUAUGCCUGGUCUUGCUGUGUAUGGAAGUCCUGAAAACUUAGCCAAGAAUGAAAAGCAAGAAUAUGAUACUAUAGAUGAAGAUAAAAAGUUCAGUUCACCUUAUGUUCAACGAACUAUGAGGGGUCUCUCACAUUUGGUUUUGCAAAUAACCAUGAAUAAGCUAGUACCAUGGACUCUCGAACCGUGGCAUGUUAGGGUGUCAUUCAGAAAAGCCGGGUUUGUAGUUCCAGAACAUGCCAUUGAAAUGCCACCUAUUACCAUAAGGGGUCCGGAUCUUUCACUACAAAAUAAGGAGUUUUAUGUCACAGUUACUAUUAACAAAACUGAAAAAGUUAAUGUGAGAUGUCGAAUUCAUCAUUGGGCAACAGGUUUAGAUAGACUGCCGAGUGUUGAUUUCCAUUGGAAGAAACCUAUGGAAGCACUAAUACCAGAACAAGCUGCAGUUUUAGAAGAAAUGUCUUUGCCUGUAUAACUGUGUUACACUCGGGCUCAACUUGUAUAUUGAUCAUUAUAACAUUAUAACAUUGUAAGUAGAUUUUAAUUAAAUAAUAUAAUACAAUAAAUUUCAC